AGAUUAAAGGGGGGGAGGGAAAAGGAGCUCGGCCGCCAUUUUCCCAGUGCCGCCGCCACCGCCGCCACCGCUCGCCGAGCCGGCGGGAGAACCGAGCACCGUAGCGAAGCCGACUCGUCUCACCGCGGCGGCGCGGGGGGCGGCCGGAGCGCGCUCCCCGGCCGGGAAGAGGCGUGCGGGGGUGGCGGCUGGGGUGCGGGCUCGGGCUGCAGACGGCGGUGCUUGUUUGUGCGGGGCGGGGGGGCGGCUUCACCCUCUGCCCCCGCCCGCCAGUCCUCCCCGCCGGGCUGCGGUCCCCGACGGUGCCCAGGCCCCGCCGGAGCCGAGGAAGGCCGGAGAAGGGGCCCGAAAGAGAAGAAAAAGCGGCCGCUCCCCGCCGCCGCCGCCUUCCCCUCCCCCUCCGCCUCGCCCCCCCCCGCCCGGAAAGUCAGGGCGGCUCCGGGCGCCGGGGGGGAGGAGAGCGGCGGGCCCGGGCCGGAGCCGCCGCCGCGCGCCCCCGCCUGCCGCCGCCGGCCCUCGGCGCCCAGGCCGGGGGCUGUUUGCAAACUGCGCCCAUUUUGUGGGGCUGAAUCCGCCCGGGCAACGCUCCUCCAUCACGUGUCUGUUCUCUGGGGAGGCGGUAAGGGGCCGUGGAACUGGCCUCGGCACCGGGAGAGGCUGGACUUCCUGUCUCUCUGUGCUGAAUGGCUGCGAUGGCGCCCGCUCUCACUGACGCAGCAGCUGAAGCACACCAUAUCCGGUUCAAACUGGCUCCCCCAUCCUCCACUUUGUCCCCUGGCAGUGCCGAAAAUAACGGCAACGCCAACAUCCUUAUUGCUGCCAACGGAACCAAAAGAAAAGCCAUUGCUGCAGAGGAUCCCAGUUUAGACUUCCGAAAUAAUCCUACCAAGGAGGACUUGGGAAAGCUGCAACCAUUGGUGGCAUCUUAUCUCUGCUCCGAUGUAACAUCUGUACCCUCAAAGGAGUCGUUGAAAUUGCAAGGUGUCUUCAGCAAGCAGACAGUCCUUAAAUCUCAUCCUCUCUUAUCUCAAUCCUAUGAACUCCGAGCUGAGCUGUUGGGGAGACAGCCAGUUUUGGAGUUUUCCUUAGAAAAUCUCAGAACCAUGAAUACGAGUGGUCAGACAGCUCUGCCACAAGCACCUGUAAAUGGGUUGGCUAAGAAAUUGACUAAAAGUUCAACACAUUCUGAUCAUGACAAUUCCAGUCCCCUCAAUGGGGGAAAACGAGCUCUCACUUCAUCUUCUUUUCAGGGGGGUGAAGUGGUGGCAUCUGAAUCUGGGGACUUGAAGGGGGGUAUGACCAAUUGCACUCUUCCACAUAGAAGCCUUGAUGUAGAACACACAACUAUAUUUAGCAAUAAUAGCACUGCAAACAAAUCUUCUGUAAAUUCCAUGGAACAGCCGGCACUUCAAGGAAGCAGUAGGUUAUCACCUGGCACAGACUCCGGUUCUAACUUGGGGGGUGUCAAGUUAGAGGAUAAAAAGUCUCCCUUGUCUUCCAUUCUUUUCAGUGCUUUAGAUUCUGACACAAGGAUAACAGCUUUACUGCGGAGGCAGGCCGAUAUUGAGAGCCGUGCCCGCAGGUUACAGAAGCGCUUACAGGUUGUGCAAGCCAAGCAGGUGGAGAGGCAUAUACAGCAUCAGCUGGGUGGAUUUUUAGAGAAGACUUGGAGCAAACUGCCAAACUUGGAAUCCUUGAGGCCCCGGAGCCAGUUGAUGCUGACUCGAAAGGCUGAAGCUGCAUUGAGAAAAGCUGCCAGUGAGACCACCACUUCAGAAGGACUUAGCAAUUUCCUGAAAAGCGAUUCAAUUUCAGAAGAAUUGGAGAGAUUUACAGCUAGUGGUAUAGCUAACUUGAGGUGCAGUGAGCGAGCGUUUGAUUCAGACGUCACCGACAGUAGUUCAGGAGGAGAGUCUGAUAUUGAAGAGGAAGAACUGACCAGAGCUGAUCCUGAGCAACGCCAUGUACCCCUGAGGCGCAGGUCAGAGUGGAGAUGGGCUGCAGACCGAGCAGCUAUUGUCAGCCGCUGGAACUGGCUUCAGGCUCAUGUUUCUGACUUGGAAUAUCGAAUUCGGCAGCAAACAGAUAUUUAUAAGCAGAUACGUGCUAAUAAGGGGUUGAUAGUUCUUGGGGAGGCACCUCCCCCGGAGCAUACACCAACAGACUUAUUUCUUCCACUUAGUUCUGAGGUGAAGACGGAUCAUGGGAAUGAUAAAUUGAUCGAGUCUGUUUCUCAGCCCCUGGAAAACCAUGGUGCCUCUGGUCAUUCAGAGUCAUUGUCUACUAAAUCAUGUGGAGCAUUGAGACCUGUCAAUGGCGUUAUUAACACUCUUCAGCCUAUCUUGGCAGACCACAUUCCAGGUGACAUCUCUGAUGCUGAGGAACAAUUACAAAAAAAGCAAAGACUGAAUCUAGUUUCUUCAUCAACUGAUGGCACCUGUGUGGCAGCCCGAACACGUCCUGUACUGAGCUGUAAGAAACGAAGGCUUGUUCGACCCAACAGCAUCGUUCCUCUUUCCAGGAAGGUUCACCGGAACAGCACAAUGCGCUCUGGCUGUGAUGUGAACCCCUCCUGUGCGCUGUGUGGCUCAGGCAGCACCGUCACCGUGCCCCCGGAAAUUCACUACGAAGCCCCUCUGUUGGAACGCCUUUCCCAAUUGGACUCUUGUGUUCACCCAGUUCUAGCAUUUCCAGAUGAUGUUCCCACAAGCCUGCACUUCCAGAGCAUGCUGAAAUCUCAGUGGCAGAACAAGCCUUUUGACAAAAUCAAACCUCCCAAAAAGUUUUCACUUAAGCACAGAGCACCCAUGCCAGGCAGCCUGCCAGAUCCAACUCGUAAAGACAGGCACAAGUUGGUCAACUCCUUCCUGACAACAGCCAAGCUGUCCCAUCACCAAACCCGGCCUGACAGGACCCACAGGCAGCACUUAGACGAUGUGGGGGCCGUGCCUAUGGUGGAGCGAGUGACAGCGCCCAAAGCAGAGCGCUUGCUCAACCCACCGCCACCUGUGCACGACCCAAACCACAGCAAAAUGAGAUUGCGAGACCAUUCAUCUGAGAGAAGUGAAGUGUUGAAGCAUCACACGGACAUGAGCAGUUCCAACUACUUGGCGGCCACCCAACAUCCACCGCACAGUCCCCUGGUGCGACAGCUCUCCACCUCAUCGGACACCUCGGCACCCACCAGCUCUAGCCCACAGGUUACGGCCAGCACGUCUCAGCCAGUGAGGAGGAGAAGGGGAGAGAGCUCAUUCGACAUUAACAACAUUGUCAUCCCGAUGUCUGUUGCUGCAACAACUCGUGUAGAGAAACUACAAUACAAGGAAAUCCUUACCCCCAGCUGGCGCGAGGUCGAUCUUCGGUCUCUGAAGGGGAGUCCUGACGAGGAGAAUGAGGAGGUCGAGGAUCUAUCUGAUGCAGCCUUCGCCGCCCUACAUGCCAAGUGUGAGGAGAUGGAGAGGGCUCGGUGGUUGUGGACCACGAGUGUGCCACCCCAGCGGCGGGGCAGCAGGUCUUACAGGUCAUCAGACGGCCGGACGACCCCUCAGCUGGGCAGUGCCAACCCCUCCACCCCCCAGCCCGCCUCUCCUGAUGUCAGUAGUAGCCACUCUUUGUCGGAGUUCUCCCACGGUCAGUCCCCAAGGAGCCCCAUUAGCCCGGAACUGCACUCGGCGCCCCUCACCCCUGUGGCUCGGGAUGCUCUACGACACCUGGCCAGUGAAGACACCCGCUGUUCCACACCGGAGCUGGGGCUGGAUGAACAGUCCGUCCAGCCGUGGGAACGGCGAACCUUCCCCUUGGCAUACAGUCCCCAGACGGAGUGUGAGGACCAACUGGAUGCACAGGAACGGGCAGCCCGCUGUACUCGGCGCACCUCAGGCAGCAAGACUGGCCGAGAGGCAGAGGUGGCCCCCACCUCGCCCCCCGUUGUCCCCCUCAAGAGUCGGCAUUUGGCGACAACAGUCACAGCUCAGCGUCCAGCUCACAGAUGAGCGGGAUACGAGAAUCUAAACAGACUCACUAACUAUUGGCAUUAAAGCUUCAGAAAUCUCUGCGUUUGAUAUUCAAACAUCAUAUGCCGGAAAUUUUCACAGUUUUUAGUGAAUUUAAGGAAUUUAGAUUCUACUUUGGUAUUUUUGUUUUGUUUUGAUUUUUGUUUUGUUUGGUUUUGGUUUCCAUGUUUUGUUGUCACACACCUGAGCACUUCCUCCAGUUGGCAAACAGAAGUUCAGGAUAAGACCCUGCUGGCCUGGUCCUGGCACAUCCUCCGCACUGUUGAAUCACUGGACUUAGAGAUGUUAGGUGACCACCCCCCCCCCCCCCCCCGCGCCCCUUGCCCCGCACCUGUGGACAGGGUGGGACAGCCACGUGGGCAGAGGGAAUGGCAAGCUCCCCGCUCAGCGUUGCCGCCUGAGGUCAGGAUAGGGGGAGAACAGCACGCUCUGGACUCUCACCCUUUCUCCUCUCCUCUCCUCCCAUCGGCGGCCCGGCCCAGCUCUGGCCCUCCUGGCCGGGUCCCCCUUGGCCAUCUGUGCUAGGGCACCCCCACGCCCACCAGAGCCUCUUGGCCAUAACCACCACCUGUUCCGAACUCUCAGUCGACAGAACGGCUUCCCUUUGUCAUCCAGAUCUUGGAGACCUAGUCUGGGUUUCCGCUGCGUUUGGUCCUCUCUGUUUUGACUCCUCCACUGCAGUAACGUGACUGCGGCUGCUCAGGUCCCUGCCCCGCCCCUUGCGCUCCCUCUCUGCUCCCCGAUGCCACCCGCGCACCCACACACACCAGGCCUUCCACCCGGAUGUUUUUACCAACUGUGUCCCCCGUCUGUGAAGGUGGGGUUAGGGCUACUUCCAUUCCCACUCCUCUGCAAACUGGGGGGUCAGGGACACGAGCAGUCAUCUCCCCUCUAGGAUUCUGUCGUCGUGGAUUCAUUUGGUCCCAUUUCCCCCACACGCACUUCCCUGUUGGUGUCCGGCCUUUCCUCUCCCACGCUCCCCUUGCCUGUGGAACGUUGUCUGGUCCUAGCUGUGGUUCCCAUCACUCCCUCAUCACCCCCCUUGGUCAACCUCGUGCCUGUCUCAUGUAUGAUCACAUCACCAAAAGGGGGGGGCAAUAAGAACUUCUUUAUUUUUAUUUUUUUUUUUUUUUUUGUUGCCAUUUUGUAAUCGUAUAAAAAUAGUAGACAAACUGCUUAAUGGUUGGGGUUUUUUCACAAUUUUCAACAUUAGUGAUUUUUUUUGAUUCUGUUUGCAAGUUAAAGGGUUUGUCAUUGUUUCUUUAAAAACAAUAAUGCACCAUAUCCCUAUGCAUAAAGUGCUUCUUCUAUUUAUAAGGUUGAAAAUUCUGAAUAACCCUUUUAGCAUUGUUAAAAAAAAAAAAACAAAAACAAAAAUGGAAAAAAAAAACCUUGUAUUUUGUAAAUAUUUUCUUUUCCUGCUUUGAGCUGUGUAUUGGCAGCGAAACAUGUAGCUGUCUUUGUUCUAUAGAAAUGCUUUUCUUCAGAGAAGCUGAUCUUUGUUAAUGUCUUGAUUCUGUUCGCAAAGCACAGACUAGUGCUUAAAAAAAAAAAAGGAAGGAAAAAUUGAAAAAAAUAAAAAAAAAAGUUACAGAA